CUGAAGCACACUACAGGCGCGCGUGCGGACGGAGCUGCGGCUGCAGUCUGUAAAAUCGUUUCAUUGCCGUUCGGACGAAGACGCGCACGCGUAUACUUCACGUUUAAAGCUCGGAAAGGCCAUUUAUUUUCCGCCUCGUUCUGAAAGCCUCUCGUGCAUGAGCGACUGUUGAUCCACCCGGUUAAUGCAACUCGCGCUCUGUUACCAGGCAGUGGCGGGACGCGCGAGCUCACAUUUUCUCUGAGGAGUUUCGGUGAUUUGAGUUAUUUCAUUAUUAAGAUCAGGUUUAAAUCACCGCAUAGGUGUGCUGGUUUAGGUAGUUCAGGUGCGUCUCUGUUGGUUAAGUUAUUGGGUUGUUGCGGUUUAUUCAGGGGGAAAUCAGAUCGAGUUAGUAAUGGUGUAAAUCUCAGCACAAGUUUGUUGGGUUUUGUUUACUUACUGCAGGUUUGUUUGGCUAAGUUUAAUGUUGAGGUGUAAAUCAGGUUAAAGUUAGAUGUGCUGGUCGGAAUUAGUUUAGUUAAGGUUUAAAUCACUGCACUGAAAUGUUUAGGACAUUUGCAAAGUCAUUCAUGGUGAGUUAGUUCAGCUCUGGAAAUCGAGUUAGGAAAUCGCAGGUUUGUUGGGUUAGGUUUGGUUUAGUUCGGGUUUAAAUCACAAGUGUGUUCGGUUGGAGUAGUGGUAAUUAGCUCUAAAUCACAGCAUAUAUGUGUUAUGUUAGGGUUAAUAGUUCAGGUUGAACUCACAGGUUUGUUAGGUUUAGUUCGGGUUUAAAUCACAGGUGUGUCACUGCUGUGAUGGCUAAAGGCGAGUGGAAGAGAUCAGGCACGGAUGAGGUCCCGUUAACCGGCCGCACGGAUUGUGAGGUGUUUGAUGACGGAACCAACACGUUCUUUUGGAGGGCACAUACCCUAACAGUGCUGUUCAUUCUCACCUGCGCUCUAGUUUAUGUAACACUAUUGGAAGAGACGCCACAUGACACAGCAUACAACACUAAAAGAGGAAUCGUGGCCAGUAUUCUGGUAUUCCUUUGUUUUGGAGUGACACAAGCUAAAGAUGGUCCCUUUACACGGCCUCACCCAGCAUACUGGCGUUUCUGGCUAUGUGUUUCUGUCGUGUAUGAGCUCUUCCUCAUCUUCAUCCUCUUCCAGACUGUACAUGAUGGCAGACAGUUCAUGAAAUACAUUGACCCAAAAUUGGGCGUCCCACUUCCAGAAAGAGAUUAUGGGGGAAACUGUCUCAUUUAUGACCCUGGAAAUGCUGCCGACCCCUUCCACAAUAUCUGGGAUAAAAUGGAUGGAUUUGUUCCAGCCCAUUUUCUCGGCUGGUACAUUAAGACGCUGAUGAUCCGGGACUGGUGGAUGUGUAUGAUCAUCAGUGUGAUGUUUGAGUUUCUGGAGUACAGCCUCGAACACCAACUACCCAAUUUCUCAGAGUGCUGGUGGGAUCAUUGGAUCAUGGAUGUGUUGUUGUGUAAUGGGCUUGGCAUUUACUGUGGCAUGAAGACACUCGGCUGGCUCUCCAUGAAGCCGUAUCAGUGGCAGGGCCUCUGGAAUAUCCCAACAUACAAAGGAAAAAUUAAGCGUAUUGCCUUCCAGUUUACCCCGUACAGUUGGGCUAAGUUUGAAUGGCGUCCUGCGUCUGACCUGCGGAGGUGGUUGGCAGUGCUGGGCAUCAUCUUCAUGUUCUUGUUGGCAGAACUGAAUACGUUUUAUCUGAAGUUUGUGUUGUGGAUGCCUCCGGAGCAUUAUCUGGUGCUUUUGCGGCUCGUCUUCUUCGUGAAUGUGGGCGGAGUGGCGAUGCGAGAGAUCUACGACUUUAUGGACGAUCCGAAAUUCCAUAAGAAGUUGGGGCAGCAGGCGUGGAUCGUGGCAACCAUCACUGUUACAGAGUUUCUGAUUGUGGUCAAAUACGAUCCUAAGACUAUCAUGUUGCCAAUCCCCUUCUUCGUCACACAGUGCUGGAUACUGGGAAUCGUCCUGAUACUCAUUUGGACCUUGUGGCGGUUCUUCAUCCGUGACAUCACACUCCGCUACAAAGAAACGCGGCGCCGCAAGCAGGAAGGGUCUGUGGAGUGGGAAAGAGCCCGAGCGAACACCGAAAGCAAUAGCGGCAAUCCAGCCACAUCAGGCCGCAGCAAACUAAACGGCAACACGGACACAGUACGACACAGGAAGUCAUGAAUAACCAUUCAACCACAUAAACAAACAGCUGCGGGCUGCACAUCGCGACUAAACACACAUUAGCGUAUAAAUAUGUGUUUUUGUUUGUAACCCCCUGUUCAGAUCAUACCAACGCCCACAGUGUUUGUUGAGCGACGUCCAGAUGUGUUGAUGCCAAUUGUUUUCUCUCCUGAGUAGGAGGGUUGUACUAUAUUUAGAAAAGAAAAUCUCUAUAGCUGUUACAUUGGUGAGGCGAUUGGGUUCUGGUUCCACUAUUUCUCCUGUUUUGGGGUUAUUUUUGUUGAUUUGGUGCUAUGCUGGAUGACACAUUUUGACAUAUUUGGAACACUAGUGAACUAAAGGUGGAGGAAGUGCACAUAUAGCCAUCAAUUAAUAUUUAUUUUUUUCUUUUUUCGGUUUAUUUAAGGAGAACAUAAUUUUAUGCGCAGCACAUCUGACGGCUACACACAAACGUACAGCAAUAUGAAAUAUCUGAACUCUUGCAUAAGCCAUGACACUAUUAAAAAGCUUUUGAUGUAAUGUAAUAAUAUAAUAACUAAUCCGAUCUGUUCUAGGAUGGUAAAGGAGGUUAGUGUGCCAGUUAUACGUGAAUGCCACACACACUCAGAAGAGAGAACAAUCCUUCUGACCUUUUUAAGAUAGGUCAAUGCCAAGACUGGACCAAAAUCUAACAACUUUUCAUUAUCUGUUUGCAUGCAUGAAUGUGUGUGUGUGUGUGUGUGUGUGUGUGUGACCAUAAUAGCCAAAACGUCUCAUGUAUUUCAUGCAGGUCUGUGGUUCUGUUUUGCAGGGCCACUUAAAACAUUAGAGAAAGCCAAACACCAUUGUGUAUGUACAUUAAGCAUAUAGAGAUCAUGGUGGCGAAGUAUAUCUUUUAGGUUACGUGCUAAUAAGAACUGAUGAUUGUCCCAACGUUUAUGCUUUAUAUAGAUGAAGGCCUAUAUGUGGAUCUAGUCACAUUUGGUGGGUUAUGUGCUGUUGUGUUGCCAUAGUGUGUGUCUGUGUUCGGUUAGAUAAUGUGCAAGUCCAAAAAUAGCCUGAUCUUACGUAAACGCCAUUAUAAUCUUACUGUGAAUGUAAACUUGUAGCGCCAAUGCCUGAGAUGUUACUGUUUCUUACGUUACUAAAGGUGUUUAGGGGUUUGUUUUUAUUUAUGAAAUCUAGAGUUCUCAUCCAAAUUAUGAUCAGAAUUAUUUCUCUCUGUUGCUCUGUCUGCACUGAAAUACUUGUAGUGGGACCAUUUGAUGAUCUGUCUGCCUCUGCUUGUUGUUCAUAGACAACUGAAAAAUGUAAAUGAACAACUAGAAUGUCAUAUUUUAUAAUGUUUUCAAUAAAAGAAGUGGAGACUGUU